GAAUUCACAACCAUUGGUCAGGGGCGAAUACCACUGGCUCUGCGUCCUCAGUCACUUCGUGCCAUUUCACCAAGUAGGAGUCAAAGAAAAGCUUGAAAAAUGAAAACACUAGCAAGACUUAUCCUGGGACUCAUCAUCUUUGAUGCCGCUGUGGCCGCUCCAACCCUGGAGCCCAUCAACUAUGACUCAGAAACCUACGAUGCCACCUUGGAAGACCUGGAUAAUUUAUACAACUAUGAAAACGUACCUAUUGGUCAAGCUGAGGUUGAAAUAGCGACAGUGAUGCCUUCAGGGAACAGAGAGCUCCUCACCCCGCCCCCACAACCAGAGGAGGCUGAAGAGGAGGAGGAGGAGUCCACCCCUAGGCUGAUCGAUGGCUCUUCCCCACAGGAGCCCGAAUUCCCCGGGGUCCUGGGCCCACACACCAGUGAAGACUUUCCAACCUGCCUUCUGUGCGCUUGCAUACGCACCACCGUGUACUGCGAUGACCGUGAACUUGAUGCUAUCCCUCCACUGCCCAAGAACACUGCUUAUUUCUAUUCCCGCUUUAACAGAAUUAAAAAGAUCAACAAAAAUGACUUUGCCAGCCUGAAUGAUUUAAGAAGGAUUGAUCUGACAUCAAAUCUAAUAUCUGAGAUUGAUGAAGAUGCGUUCAGAAAGCUUCCUCAACUCCAAGAGCUUGUCCUGCGUGACAACAAAAUAAGGCAACUUCCAGAACUGCCCACCACUCUGACAUUUAUUGAUAUCAGCAACAAUAGACUUGGAAGGAAAGGAAUAAAGCAAGAAGCAUUUAAAGAUAUGUAUGACCUCCGUCAUCUCUACCUCACUGAUAACAACUUGGACCACAUCCCUCUGCCACUCCCUGAAAACCUACGAGCCCUCCACCUCCAGAAUAACAACAUUCUAGAAAUGCAUGAAGAUACCUUCUGCAAUGUUAAAAAUUUGACUUAUAUUCGCAAGGCACUAGAAGACAUUCGACUGGAUGGAAACCCUAUCAAUCUCAGCAAAACUCCUCAAGCAUAUAUGUGCCUUCCUCGUUUGCCUGUUGGGAGUCUUGUCUAAUUUCAGAUAAUACUUAGCAUUAUAAUGCCUUCUAUAACCAAACAAUUCUUACUGCUCUCUUCAAAAACAAAAUUCAGCAU